CCGAAAGGCCACUUCUAGAACUCUCUGUUUUGGCCUUUCGGUACUGUAGCAGCUACGACUUUGCCCUUUCAGACGAGUUUGGGGAUGGUGGUGGUUUAACAUGGAACCUUAUCCUUUGUUGAAUGUAGGAUGAGAUGCAAUCUGCUGUCGAGAGAGGUGUCCGUGAAGCGCUGAAGGAAGCAAAACUGAGCACUCGGGAUGUAAGCACUGUGCUUCGCAUUCAUGCCACUGCAAUCUAUUUCAAAACACAAGCAAACAUGCCAAACGAAGAUGAAGGUGCGGGUGACAAGUGUCACAGACCUGGAGGAGAAGCUACCAAAGUAUCUGUGAGCAUCUGGAGGCCGCCUGAAGACCUGCUGCAGGAGCUGGAGGAAGGGGGAGUGUAUCGAGUGACAGGACUUGUGGCAAAGGGAAAACUUGGUUAUGCGACAGCGAGGAGGGAGGUGUUCUUAAGCACAAGCCGAAAUUCAAAAUGGGAGAGAAUGACAAGCGCAUACCUCAAGAACGUCAUGAUAGACUUCUCUCCCCGAGUCUCCACCCCGAUUGCCGAUCUGAAGAACAUUCCAUAUGGCAGGGAUUUUGACACAGUUGCAUUCGUUCUUCACGUCGGCAAUGCGUUCAGUGACGGAAUGCGAAUGAAGCAGUGGAUAUUCUUAGCAGAUGGUACAGAGGAUGGGAGGGCCGGUGCAGAUCCAGGCGAUCCAGAAGCAAUGGCGCUUCUUGCCAUUCUGUUCUCAAGUGUACCAGAGUCUUUUGUGCCGAUUGAAUCCUCCCUUUUCAAUUCCCUUGUGGGAUGGUGCAACCUCAUCCGCAAAGAGCGUGACACCAAUAACUCAAUGUUUGUGGCUCAGGCUUCAGAGGUCUCCAUAUGCUCCACUUCCUUGCUGAUGGGAGGAGGCGGCAGAGGAACCGCUCACCUGCGCGAAUCUGCUAAUGCAGUUGCUGGGUGGGCUAGCAAAAACUCUGAGAUGCUGCAAAUGCUCCAGAGGAGGGUGCAGUACAUUAUUGAGAAGAGUAUGAGGAGGGGGAGUUUUGGUGCAGAAGGUUACCAGGCUUCCACGGCACUGCCCACUCUACCCCCAGUGUGGGCACCCCAGCCUGGUCCAGGCCAGCAGAAGUGCAAGGCACCUUUCGUUUCACCGGCACAGAAAUCUGGAAUCAGAGUCCACUCUGUCUGCCAGCCAUCCUCUGCGGAGAGACGAAGAGCUGUCACACCUCAGCAGCAGCCACAUAUUGGCCAAGCUGUCUAUGAGAAGCGUGCCAGUCCGACACCAGCACAAUUUCUUGCUCCUGCCACUUCUAGCGCUGUGCCUGAGUGUUUUCUGGCAUCUAGCAAAGGAGGCAAUGCACCUGCUCGCAGAGAAAGCGCUCUCACUCCUCCGCACCUCAGCGCAACGCCCAUGCAAUCUCCAGGCUUGCCGGCAGGAAUCUCAGCAUCCAACCGAAUUUCGACCCCCUGUAAUGCAGGCGGUACACCUGUAAACAAUCUAAGGGCUAUUACCGUUCAGCAACAGUCGCAGCCUCGUCAAGGAAGUCAGGAGAGGCAUGAAACUGUGGCUCAAAGGCAACGUCCAGUCUUGGAUUCGGGUGACUCUGUUUCAAUGCAAUUUCCUGCCCUCGGCAAUACAGUCGGUGUGCGGGAUCAACCGGGCCAGAUGAAGGAUAGGGAUAAUGCAUCUGAUCAACGACGCACCAUGACACCUUUCCCGUCCAAGGAGCGCAGCUGUGAGGAAAGGCUGUUUCCCCCUCAGGAAGGUCUUCCUGUUGCCAUAGAUUAUCAGCAGAGCCCUGCAGCUCCAACGGUCCAGUCUUCGGUCCCAUGGCAGCGUAGCUUGGUUCAUGUGCCAUCUCCAAACGCCAGCAAACCCAUCGGCAUAAUGCAGGAACCAAGAGGGGACUCAAAGGACAGUCGUCGUCUGGCCAUUGCUGUUCAGCAAGCACCUCCUUUGCAAGCAAGGGAGUACAGCCAAGAGGGGGAUGAAAUCAAGAUUUGUCGAGCACCCAAAUGUGGGCCAAGCACAGAUGGCCUUUCAAAAGGCCCCGUUCCAAGGAGGACGGCCGCAUACGCAGAGGGUGGUGCAUGUGUGCAAGUGCCACAAGUCGUGUCCAGCAGCCAGAAACAGCUUCUUGCCAGUGAUGGGGAUGGAUCAGUGCCGCGGUCGGGGACGAGCUCUGGACUGAGUGCGCAGAGGGAGCCACACAGCGGACAGAGCUCCUUACAGAUGGAGAACUCCAGUCUAUCCGAGUUCCCGAGAAGGCGCCACAGAAUGCGUCCACCCAUGAGCAUCAUUUCGCAAUCGCACGAUAGUCGUCAUCCACCUGCUAGUGGUGCAGCAGCAGGCUGCUUGGAUCGGGAUCGGCCGGCCAAUUCAUCGGUUGCUGUCCUUGCGCCCCGGGCCAGUCUAGUUUUGCCCGCAAACACUGUCCGUGAACCCGUCGCUGUUUCAUCGGAUUUGAGGUCUAAUACAGGUCGGUCGUCUGAAAGCAGGAGCGACAGUGAUCCUUCGUCAUCAGUUAGUUCCCAUUCUGGAGGCGCACCAAGGCGGCGCAGCUCAAGCCAAUUGCAUUCAGUAAUGAGGCCGAGACCGAGUCAGUGAUUCCGAAGCUCCCUUCAUUGGAUUUCUGUUCAUUGUUGUUGUCCUCACUGUUAAGGCCUUGUAGA